AUCGAAUAACAAGCAGAGGAAGUGGGAAACAGCCCAGCUGUCGUCUUUGGUACAUGAUAUGUUGACGGAUAUCAAAAGAAAAGCAAGUUCAGGAUCGUCUUCUGACGAGGUAGAUGGACAAUGGCUAUUUUAUUAUUCUGUAAGCUGGUUUAUUUACGUAGUAUCCUCUUGCAAGAUUGUAUUCACGAACAUUGGAACGGUCUUGAUACCGCGGCCAUUGAGAACUUUGAGUUUAUGGCUUCCAAUAUUGGGGUUCACGCCAACGACAUUCCGUUAUUGAUCAGCAUUUGCAGCGCUUAUGAUACCAAAAUUGGGGAACUCUUCCAACGAAAGGCUGCUUCAUAGGGUUGGAUCGCGGCUCAUGUACAGUUUAUUCUUG